UCCACCCAGUGAACAAUGGCCAGGUGUCUCUGUUAUAGCACUGGCGAUGUGUAAAAAGCCUAAAGUUACAAUGACAGAAGAAACAGGCGAUUGUAUUUAUCACAUUCAAAAUGCAGACACAUCGUCAAUUAUCUCGUAUGUUGUUGUUGAGUUGUCCCUCUGAUCACAGCCUACUGCUAGGGUGGAAGCUCGCCUUCACAAUUUUAACAAACCAGUUACCUUAUCGUGUACCGACCAUCACAACCCUUGCGGUCUCGACGGAGAGGGCUCUCCGUAGCGUUUGACGGACGACCAUAAAUUAGCCUUUACUGUCAGUGUAUUUUUAGUCAAAUUUGAACCAAACGCGCUGCUAACAGUGUUCCCUGGUCAGGAUGUAAGGCCCGAGCUGUCCGUGAAGGAGGCGCUGUGUUGGCUAUCUGCUGACCAAUAGGAAAGGCUGAAUGUGCGGUCACGGGCAACGUGUGGCGUGACUGUUCGCGUGAACACCGAGAGUAUGGAGGGGACACAGACACAGAUACAGGUUCUGGAAGCCUGGCUGACUGAAACGGGCACUAAGUUGACUCAGGUGAAUGGCCAGAGGAAGUACGGAGGACCCCCUGAGGUGUGGGACGGGCCGCCCCCAGGAUCCCAAUGUGAGGUUUACAUCAGCCAGAUCCCGCUGAACACCUACGAGGACGUGCUGAUCCCCCUGUUCCGCUCCGUAGGGCCCCUCUGGGAGUUCCGCCUCAUGAUGAACUUCAGCGGACAGAACCGUGGCUUCGCCUACGCCAAGUACAGCUCACCAUAUGUAGUUCGCGCUGCUGUCCGCCUGCUGAACGGUCACAAGCUGGAGUCCGGCUUCUGCCUCAGUGUGCGCUGCAGCACAGAGAAGAGAGACCUCUGCAUUGGACAGCUGCCCGCGAGCACCGAGCCGGACCAGCUGCUGCAGAUACUGCGUGUUGUGGUGGAGGGGGUGGAGAGGAUCUCUCUGCAGGCGGGGCUUGGUAUAGAGGGGGUGUCUGCUGUAGUCACCUUCUCAUCCCACUAUGCUGCUUCUAUGGCCAAGAGGGUGCUGGUGGAAGAAUUCAAGAAUCGAUUUAUGUUGUCCAUCACCGUUACAUGGCAGUCUACAAUGAAGUCGAUCACUGAAGUGCCCCCCCCUUCACACAAAUUCUCUAAAAGGCUGACCCCCCUGAAAUGGCCACGCCACGUCCUUAGAUCUCCACAGUCCUCCCCCAUGCCUCCCCGUCUGGACUGCCCUCCAUCCAGGGAUUCCAUGGGAUUCUACAGAGCAGUAGGACGACCCGCUGUCCCCCAGAAACCACCCUCUCCCAGCUCCUCCCUGCAGGGUCACCUCCAGUCCAUGGGGUCCAUCCAAUCCCCCAUGGCGCUACUGCAUGAGCUUUGUGAGGCGCUCUGUGUCGGGGAGCCGCACAUUGACCUGCGGUUCAGCCAUGCGGGGGCCGAGGGCUUCCUGUACUUCUUUUAUGAUGUGUCCCUGGGCGGGAUAACCUCCGCCUUCAAAGGGCUGGUCAUGGUCUUACCGGGACACAAUCCCAACGCCACGCUGGAGGAGGCCACGCUGGAGGAGGCUCAGCAGACCGCCGCUCUACAGGUUCUGCAGAAGUUCUGACAGACCACCCUCCUCCUGAAGCACUGUUCGCCUUGUUAAUGUUGUUUACAGACAGAUGUUCAAUAUUUUAUCUGUGUUUAUCUGCAUUGCUUUUAUUACAGUUCACUUGUUUGUCUUUGAACUGCUGUUAUGUUUUGAUUGCAUGUUUUUUAUCUGUUUUCCUGUUUAUUGGUUCCUCAUUUUCAAUAAAUGAGAGAAAGGAAAAUGUGAGGGUGGUGUUAAUGAGUGACUUAGGUUAAAUCUUUAGAACUACCACUUAUUAAAGCAACUUCCUGUUGAGAAUCCGCACAAAGUGGAUAUUCUCAAAAGGGUUUAAUUAAUCCUGGCUAACAUAAUCCUAGUCAUUCCUAGGUCUAGUUAUCUUGAUUCGAUGUGUGUUCUUACUUUGCAAAAUGUUGAGACUUUUGAUUGGUCCCUGGGCCUUUGAGUCCAUGUCUACACGUCCUCCCUGGAUGAAGCCCAGCACAGUCCCGUCCUGCUGCGCUCUGGUCCCCGAUAUGAAGCUUCAGGGGACGU